AUGAAGGAAGAAAAAGCAAAGGCUGAAGAAACAAAUACUACGCCUAUCACUCAAGACGGUAAAGUCGUUGAAAAGACAGUCCCUGCUGUGACGCCGGCGAAGGUUGUUAGAAAGGAUGUGCCCUCGGUGGAGAAGGAAAGACCUGUUGUGACUCGAGUUGUUAAACCCGUUACCCUUUCGGUGGUAGCAGAAAAGGUCCCCGUUGUGACAAAUCAGACCGUUGCUGAAAAGAUUCCCUCUACGGUGACGGAAGGAAAAGUCCACGUUGUUAAAGAAGAGAAAGUUAUUGAAAAGGUUGUGCCCUCGGUGACGGAAGAAAAACUCCCCGUUGUGACAAAGGAGAAGGUUGUUGAGCAGGCUGCCCCUUCGGUGACACAGGAGAUCGUAAGUGUCUCUAAGGAGCAAGCAGAACUUCCUCUCGCAGAGGAGAAGAAGGUUAUUGAAAAGAUUAUCCCAUCGGUGACAGAAGGAAAAGUCCCGGUAGUCCCUCAACAGGAGGUUGUUGAAAAAGGUGUCCCUUCGACGACAGAAGAAAAAGUUCCUGUUGUGACACAAGAAAGGGUUAUUGAGCAGAAUGUCCUACAAGAAAGGGUUAUUGAACAGUCUGUCCCACAAGAAAGGGUUAUUGAAAGGAAUGUCCCACAAGAAAGGGUUAUUGAACAGAAUGUCCCACAAGAAAGGGUUAUUGAACAGAAUGUCCCACAAGAAAGGGUUAUUGAACAGAAUGCCCCACAAGAAAGGGUUAUUGAACAGAAUGCCCCACAAGAAAGGGUUAUUGAACAGAAUGCCCCACAAGAAAGGGUUAUUGAACAGAAUGCCCCACAAGAAAGGGUUAUUGAACAGAAUGUCCCACAAGAAAGGGUUAUUGAACAGAAUGCCCCACAAGAAAGGGUUAUUGAACAGAAUGCCCCACAAGAAAGGGUUAUUGAACAGAAUGCCCCACAAGAAAGGGUUAUUGAACAGAAUGUCCCACAAGAAAGGGUUAUUGAACAGAAUGCCCCACAAGAAAGGGUUAUUGAACAGAAUGCCCCACAAGAAAGGGUUAUUGAACAGAAUGCCCCACAAGAAAGGGUUAUUGAACAGAAUGCCCCACAAGAAAGGGUUAUUGAACAGAAUGUCCCACAAGAAAGGGUUAUUGAACAGAAUGUCCCACAAGAAAGGGUUAUUGAACAGAAUGUCCCACAAGAAAGGGUUAUUGAACAGAAUGUCCCACAAGAAAGGGUUAUUGAACAGAAUGCCCCACAAGAAAGGGUUAUUGAACAGAAUGUCCCACAAGAAAGGGUUAUUGAACAGAAUGCCCCACAAGAAAGGGUUAUUGAACAGAAUGCCCCACAAGAAAGGGUUAUUGAACAGAAUGUCCCACAAGAAAGGGUUAUUGAACAGAAUGCCCCACAAGAAAGGGUUACUGAACAGAAUGUUCCACAAGAAAGGGUUAUUGAAAGGGUUGCCCCACAAGAAAGGGCUAUUGAACAGGCUGCCCUACGGCGACAGAAGGAAAAGUUCCUGUUGUGAUAAAAAGAAGGUUACUGAACAGGCUGCCCCUUCGGCUACAGAAGAGAUUGUCACUGUUUCUAAAGAGAAAGAAGAAGUCCCUGUUGUAACAGAGGAAAAGGUUCCCGCUGUGAGAAAUGAGACAGUUAUUGAAAAGAUUACUCCUUCCGUAACAGAAGAAAAAGUUGUCAAUCAACGGAAGGUUGUUUCUUACGAAGAUGCUACAGAAAAUCAGGAAAAUCAAGUUACUGGAGAUGAAGAAACGGACAAAACUGAAUUGAAGUUUAUCAUCACCAUACAAGAGAGAAUAGUCCGCGAACAGACAGUCUCGAUCAUACCCGUGAUGGACAAGGACGCCAACACAAGAAGGAAUGGAAAAGUGGCGAAGAAACAACUGAAAAGAAUAAUGAAGAAGGUGGCCCGCGCCGUCCGGGAAGAAUUAAGCAAGGAACACAAGACAGCAGGGGAGGGACAGUAGCAGGAGAAGCUGUAACCAGUGUGAGGGAACAGGCUGCCACUCUCCACCAAACCGACAGCCACCACCACCAAAAUGUCCCCUCAACACCCAGCUGCUUGCGAUGGGAUCCCUAAGAAAGUGUUCCAUAUUUUCUUGUCUUUUCUUAUCUAUCUAUCUUAC